AUGCCAAGAUCAAAACGUUCAAAGCUAGUUACGCUAGCAAACACUGAAAAGAAAGGUAGAGAAAACAAAGAAAGAAUUUUUGAUGAAGUCAGGGAAGCUUUAGAUACCUAUAGAUACGUCUGGGUACUACACCUGGACGAUGUGAGAACUCCUGUCUUGCAGGAAAUUAGGUCUUCCUGGGCUGGUUCUAAGCUGAUUUUGGGAAAGAGAAAGGUUUUAGAAAAAGCAUUAGGAAGCAAGAGAGAAGACGAGUACAAGGAAAAUCUUCAUCUAUUAGCUAAGGAUUGCGCAGGUGUUACUGGAUUGCUAUUUACUGAUGAAUCCUCCCAGACAGUCGAAGAUUACUUCAAAACAUACAGCAGAUCUGACUACUCAAGACCAAAUUCUAGAGCUCCGCUAACAUUCACCAUCCCUGCCGGUAUCAUUUAUUCUCGUGGUGGACAAAUUCCUCUUGAAGAAGACGUACCAAUGGUUCACUCCUUGGAGCCUACUUUGAGAAAUAAAUUUCUCAUCCCGACGAAAAUUAAGGCUGGUAAAAUUACACUAGAAACACCUUUUACGGUCUGUGAAAAGGGAGAGAAGCUUGAUGUCCGUAAAGCACUGAUACUCAAGCAAUUUGGUAUUGCUGAUUCUCAGUUCAAAGUGAAAGUAGCUUCCUACUACGAUACUGAAUCGUCAGACGUGAAAAAAGUAUCUAUUAAUAUGGAAAAAUGA